AGUAAUCGGCAUGGGCUUCACCACCUACUUUACAGGAUACUACUUCAUCAGCUACUUCGCGUACCUUGCCACGGGCUCCUGGAUAAACACGAUGGCACAUGCCUAUCAUAUGACCCCGUCUAACGAUGUCGAUUAUGUUGAGAAGUUUUUGGGAGAACCUGGGGUGAACCUAGAGAUGCGGUACUUGCUCGUCAAAUCAAUCGCCAAAGGUGCCAAGCUGGCGGUGCAGCACUGCGAGGCCCAAUUCAGAUGGGAGAGAUGGAACUGCCCAAAAACAGCUUUUGCCAAGGUUUUCCGUACGACAACAAGAGAAAAAGCAUUCGUGACAGCCAUCACAGCAGCAGGGUUAGUCUACUCGGUGACCCACAGCUGCUCUGUUGGUGAUGUGGCUUCCUGCGGAUGCAAAAAGCCCUCCCCGGAGCAGAAGCCGCUCAAAGAAGAGACCAAUAGAGACAUAUCAUGGAGCUGGGGUGGCUGCAGCGACGACAUCACCAUGGGGGAGUCUGUAGCUGAAGCCUUCCUCACAGCCCUUGAAAAAGGUGGUGCUGAUGUCCUUUCCAGAAUCAACAGGCAUAACGCUAGACUUGGAAGACUGGUUGUCAAAGAACAUGUCAGGCCGGAGUGCAAAUGCCAUGGGCUUUCCGGAUCCUGCACAACAAAGACGUGCUGGAGGAAAAUCGGGCCAUUUAAUCAAGUUGCAGCUACCAUCAAGCAACGGUACAACAGGGCACAGCGGAUUCAAGUCAACCGAGCCACUAAACACGAUUCACUGGGCAUUCCAGAAAACCAGAUGGUCUUCCUCGAUGAAUCCCCAGAUUAUUGCAAGCCCAACAAUAUUACAGGAUGGCCUGGGACAGGAGGGAGAAUCUGCAGCAGGGGAAAUAAUGACAAACUGGAGAAAAGAUCUUGCAAAGAGAUUUGCAGGGCUUGUGGUCACCAAGUGAAGAAAAAGCCAAUAACAAUUACAUGGUUUUGUGACUGUAAAUUCCACUGGUGUUGCGAUGUUAAAUGCAAUAUGUGCAACAAGACAAUAAUUCAGCAUUACUGUGAUGAUACUCCACAGCAUUAUUGA